AAAUAAAUGCAGUCUUGAAAGGAGGCUCUUGCUCACUUAAAAACAUACAAAAGAAUCUUAACCCAAGACUUCAAUCAUGAGUGUGCAUAUAUACUGUAUAUACUCCUCUGUGUAUGAAAAAUGAAAGCUUGUGUGUUCUGGGAAUUAUACACUUUGUUCUGUGUUCCUGUGUGUGACUGUAAGAACAGUGUGUGUAAGUCAGCAGGCAGGUUGUGCUGGGUUAGGCAGAAGUUUAUAGAUUACUGCAGCAGUCAGAGGUCAGUGUUUGAACGCUUUUCACAGAUCUGUGUCUUUACAGUAAUUACACGCACUGCAGGUCUCAGGCACUAGGCACUCUGCUUAGGGAAGCGAAUCAGACAAGAUUAAUCUCUAGCAUUGUUAAAUGUGAGAAACAUGAAAUGUACAAUCCGUGCACCCGAAAAUUAAGCUAAACUGCAAAUCGGACUUCCCAUGGCUCUCUGCCUUUUUCUGUAAUCUCUUUCUCUCUGCUCCGGUGAUAUUAGCUGGUAUGUUAGCCGAAAUUAAGAGAUUAGUUUGAGUUAAGAGCUUAGAGUAAGCUUAGAUGCAACACUUCUCCUUUCUUCACACCUGUCUCGCUCCGUCUCUCUGCAGGAUACCAGGUUCUUGAAAAAAGCCUUUAAAGAAUACAGUUCCUAACGAAAUAGUUUUUCUACAUUAUUCACAUAAUUGUGAGUUCUACAACAGAACAAGGAAUUGCUGUUUAGAAAAUGAGUGUAAGGCGUACAAAAGAGGAGAACUGAAGGAAUAUAAACUAAUUCUGUAUUGGAGAAGAAUUCCUGCUAUUAAAACAACAUGAAACUAGUUCUGCUGCUGCUGCUGCUUCUGGGGUCCUUGCAAGGGGUAUUCACUCAAGUGGUUACGCCAGCAUUUACUGAAAGAACAGCUGUGGAGGAAGGCCUAGGAAGUGGUCUGUUAGAGGUGGAACAGGAGGAUGAACUAGCAGACACUUACUGGUCUGGGACAGCCCCCAUUUGUUUCGGAGGUUGUAAAGGCAGACAGAGGGAGCUGAAAAGAGACAACUGUGGAGAUUCAGACUGCUGCUGGGUGGGAUUUAAAUCCCUGUGUAGAGUGAAUUGUGGAAAGCCUGAUGUGGACUUUAAUGGGAUGGUGUAUGGGAGUGAUUGGUGGGUGGGUUCUGUAGUGCGGUACGACUGCAGACCAGGGUUCGUGUUGGUGGGAGAUCCUGCUCGAGCUUGUCAGUCCAAUGGGAAAUGGACACCCAAACCAUCCUGUCUUAGAGUGUGUUAUCGUGGCCGGGUUGAGAUCAAUGAGAAGGACAUCGACGGGACAUGUUCGUCUACCUGUCCUGAUGCUAAAAGCUAUGCAGUCCCUCUGAACCACAAAUGCAGUCGUAUUGAGAACUGCAGAACUAAAGAAUCAGGCUGGAAGCGCUGGUUUACACGCUGCAAUUUCUGCGACUGUGACUGCUUCACUCCCUGUGGUAAGUCAUUUAAACUGGAACUACUUACAACAUAGUGGCAAAUACUGUAACUGCAGUAACAAUAUUUCAAAAUCAAUGUUUUUGUUUCUUCCCGCAGCUUUACAGGGUAGAAGACAGUGAAUCUGUAUUCAUUAUCCUCAGGAAACAACCGAAUUAAUUUUUAUUUGAAUGUAAAGAGAGAGGCUUGAUGUAACCAUAACAGAACUUGUCAAACUAAAAGCAUUUUAUGCAUCUCUAGAUUCUAAAUAUCUUCACAGUUGGAGACCUUUAUUUUAAUCACUGACUACAUAACCCCAGAUGUUCGGAAAUGUUGCUGU